CACGAAACAUCAUCGAUCUCGCCUCGAUAGCACAAGCAAGCGUUCCCAACACAAGCACACACAUGACAAGACCGAAUUUCUGCACAUGUUCACUUGCGCGGCCGCACGUGAGACGCUAAGCCAAGGAGGCGCGCGACUGCAAUUGCGCAGACUCGAGUUGGGCAAAACAGAUGGCGGCGACAACCACUAAAGGCGCGGCGAAAGGCCGCCGCAGCACAAGACUCUCAGACUCUUCCAGCAAUGACACAAUUGAUGUGAAGCCGCGCUCUUCUGCUGGAAAGCUCUCGCAAGCUGCUGUCCAGCCGAUGCAGCCACAAGCCGAGCCCGACUCGAGCGAGUCAAAUGGCGACAUCGGAAAGACUCUCUCGCGCGACAAGGGCAAGAGCAAGGCACCAGUUGGCGAAGAUGAUGCCAUGCCAGACGCUCCUCCACCAGAGCUCGACGUCGGAGAUGAAGACGACGAGGUUGAAGAAUACGACUUCUCGAACGAGCCUCAGUAUGUCGAGGAUACUGACGACGAAGAUCUCGAUGAUGAUGCGCGCUCUGUCAUCACGCUGUCUUCGGAGCCUUCUACCCCCAACGAGCCCGAGUGUCCGAUUGAACCUCGCCCUUGGGCACACUUCAGCGAGAAGCAGCGCGAGGUGUGGGAGCUCAUGUACUCCAACGUGACUCCGUUCGCAAUGAGUGGCAGCUGGGCGGUGACCGAAGAAUAUCAACGCGAGAAGGAUAUGGAGAUGCUCCGCUAUCUGGAAGACCACCCCCUUGACGACUGGGUCAUCACCAAGUCGUUGGCACACAGCGCCCACAACCAGCUCUUGGAGCGUAUGCGUUGGCGCAAUUUCGGCAUUCCGAUCUACGGUAGAGAUAGAGUACCUGUGUGGUCGCCAGAUGGGUCUCGUCCUCCACCUCCACAAGCUGGAAUGCCGCCAUCUCGAGGCGCACGCCCAACACCACCCGGUCCCGUACCAAGCCAACACAUUCCAGGGCCACUGUACGGCCAGCUCGUGCCUCAUCUGCAACAUCCGGGCCCGCACAUGCACCCACCCAUGCCGCCACAAAUGCAACCACCUCAGCAACGCAUGGGGCCGGCACCACAUCCAAACCGUGGCCAGCUGCCUCCCGGUGUCUUACCCUCGCAACCAUACGCGCACCCAAUGCCUCCGCAGCAUGGGCAACCGGGUCCUCAUGCGGUUGGCCCCGCUCAGAAUAUGCCGUACAGUAUACCGCUUGGUACCUACGUUGGACACCCAGUACCAUCGACUUACACAGGUCCCCCGAUGCGAGUAAUCCCAUCAGGACCACACAUUCCAAAACCCCCUAGAAAGCCACGCGAGAAGAAGGAGACCCCUAUGGCUGGGACACCACCACCAGCAGCUCCUGUUCCACCGUACCCGGCUCGCACGAAGCCAGAAGAAGCACAGCGACCUAUGAAGCGCGCACCUCGUGGUAGCAAUAAGGCAGGUAAGCGUCCUCAGCGUCGCCAGGCAGAGGCAGAAGAGUUCCCAUGGACGCGACAGAUCGACUUCCCAGAGGCAAAGAAGAAUGCCACUUGGGAUGACACGAUCUACGACAGAGCUACUCUGGACGACAUGGAAGACACUCGGCGCCACAACAUUCACCUUAUAGAGGGUGUCGAUUCUAGGUUGCAGGAGAUGCAGCGUCAAGCACGCAAUGCGAAGAAUGCAAAGAACGCGAAGAAGGCCGCAACGGCCGAUGGCGAAACGACCAAGGCUGAUACUGAGGCCAUCUCAGAGACCGAGGCCAAGCCAAAGGAGCGUAAGAAGCGUGGCUCAGCCAAGACCGACAACGGCGACCCAUAUCACUCCGGUUGUUUCUCGUGGUCCGACGAGGCAUCAGAGACGCUGGGUAAGCAGCUAGGUUACGAGGUCCCAGACGACGCCAUCGAUGCGGGUAUGGACGACAAAGUCAGCAACGAACAGAUGGUAAAGCUCAAGAUCUACUGGAAUCCUGGCAAGAAGGGCGGUCCUGCAGAUCUCGAGCAGGCGCGGUUCAGCGUCCGCGAUAGCGUGCUCACUCGCAAGCAGCUGUCUAAGACGCUCAUCCUUAACCGCCGUGCCGCCGAAUGCAUCGUCGACUUCUGCCCGGACCUGCUCUGGCGCGGCAUCCUCCUCCGUGUCUGCAGCGAGGGCGGCUACGGCAACAAGGAUGUCCGUGACCGUUUCUGCUACAACGGUUGCUACUGCGACAAGGCCACCAUCACCAAGCGCAUCUCCGCGGCUCUCGGUCAGAAGCAAGUCAGCCCCAAUAGCAGACGCUAUAACCAGGCCGAACUGGAGUGGUACGAUGCCAAUGUUAAGGACUUUACUUGCUACAUCGAAUACUUUGGUCGUCGUACUGGUCAUCGCAACAUGCUCAAGAUCCAAAUGCAGAGCGAGAAGCGCCGCGCUGCUCUUGAGUGGCAAGUCAAGGUCGACGGAGGUCCGUCUACUGUCGAUGAGGCUCCAUCUACUGUCGAGGAAGAGGGCAAGGCUGGCCCCAGCAAGCGUCGUAAGCUCGACGCUGAGGGUAGCCAUGCUGCUUCUAAGGUGGAGGAUACGGAGGAGGGUGAAGAGUACGGCGAGAGCGAGCGCAGCGAUGCCGUCUCCGUGCAGGAUUCCGAUAUCCUGGACGAGAUGGAUGAGACUGAGUAGAAUGUGCUGGACGGUGCUACUGCGUGGUGAUAAGGUUUGCUAGGUGAAAGGUCGUGCAGCCUGAGCGAUCGUGUUUUCUUGUACUCGAGCAUGUGUGGAAGCCACACCAGACUGUAUUCCGAGGAUUCACUGUACUUCGAGUCUGUCCAAAAUGACACAUUUGAGAGA